AUGUCUUCUCGCGCGUUGAGAAAACUCCAGCGCGAGCAGGAGGAACAGCGACGUCUGGCCGCUGCGCAUGCUACCGAGAAUCAGGUGGAGGAAGAGUCAGACGAAGCACCACAGUCCUCGAGGGCACCACAGCCAAAGAAUGCUUUUGACAUGCUAGAAGAAGCCGAAGAUGACGAGUCGGAAGAUGACACAACUGGGGUCGCCACACCGGCCACAGACUCCGCACAGCCAGAGCGACUUGCAUCGAUAUCCAGACCAACUCCUUCGUCUAAGUCAAAGAAGAAGAAAAAAAGGCCGAAGAAAAAGCCAAAAGACACGCCCGACAAGGCUUCCAAACCCGAGUCAGACUCUGGUGAUGAGAUUGAUCGAGCGCUCAAAGCCCUCGCAUUGAAGUCUGGCGCACACAAUGCCGAGCAGAGUGAGGAUAUUUCAAGUCAGCAGUGGGAGGCCGAGGCAACGAAGCUGCUGGGCGUUGAGACUAAGAACCUCAACCCCAUCAAUGAGAUGAAAAGCCUUUUCGGGAAUGUCGCUGUGGAAGAGCACGAGUCCCGGUCGAACCGGGCAACAAGGCAGCGAGAAGUCAACGAACAAGGCGGCAUGGACCUAGGCACUGCUCUCCUCGGCCGUAACAAUGUUGCGAGUAGGAGGAAAGAGCUUGGUGCUUUGGCAAACCGGAGGAAUUGCCUUAUGCGAGGUAAGGAGGAGUGGCCUUUGGCGUCGAGCGGUGGUCUCAGUAUGGAGAACGUCUCGGAGCCACCAUCGUUUGAGAAGCGGUACAACCUCGUCCACGGCCACACGUACAGGGAGGCACAGUGGAAUUUCCAGAUGGCGGUCGAGUCCAUGGACCCUCAACGGAUGAUGAGUCUGUUGCUGAUGUCUCCAUAUCACAUUGCUUCCCUUCUACAAGUCGCGGAGAUUGCGAGACACCAAGGCGAUCAUUCGGUAUCCGGAGAUCUACUUGAGCGUGCCCUCUACACCCUUGGCAAGUCGGUCCACAGCUCUUUCCCGGCGGCAAUGAGAGAGGGCACUGCACGAAUAUCGUUUGAUAAAGCCUCCAACCGGGAAUUUUACUUGGCCAUCUGGCGGUACAUCCGUAACCUGGAGAUGCGUGGUACCUUCAAGACCGCCUUCGAAUGGGCCAAGCUUCUGCUACAAUUCAAUACACUUUCCGAUCCAUAUGGAGUCACGCUGAUGAUCGAUCAACUCGCCCUUCGGGGCCGCUGCCAUGACCAACUAAUCGCCCUCGCCUCUCCGGGCGCGUACGGCACGACAUGGCAACAUCUCCCUAACAUUAAAAUCUCUCUUGCCCUUGCCCUCACGCGCGCGAAGCGAUCCAAAGAAGCCCGUCAACACCUUGCCAUCGCCAUGGUGCAAUACCCUUACAUCUUGUCCGCACUCGCUUCCGCCCUCGAUAUCUCGCCACUUCCAAAGGUCCUGUGGGCUAAACUUCCCUCCACCGAUGCCGAAAAGCUCUACACAGAGCUCUAUGUUUCACGAGCGAAAGACCUGUGGAAUACGCCCGAAACGACCGCUCUCCUUGUUGAAGUUGCCGAGACCCUCACCCAUUAUCAGCCAGUCACUUCUUCCGCACCCACGCCACCCAAGCUGGAGAUUUCCCUUGAAGAAGCCCGACAUAUCCUCCUCCUGGAGUCUCCACAACUCCUAGGUCUCUUACCCCGCAAUUUCACUCGCAUGGCCACCACCGGUUAUGACCCCUUGCCUCCUCCCUCCUCGGAAGAGAACUCUGAUUUCACGGCUCGCGCUCCGGCGGACGCCUCUGGGCCUUCAGCGCUUCAGAACAUUAUCGGUGGUGCUGGUACUGGCGGUAUCGGUAUGCUCAACCGGAUACUGAACUGGUUCACCUCACCAGCUGGUCCAGCAGCCGAUGGCAACGGUAACAAUGAUCAGGAAGGCCAGGAGGCCAUGCGCGCAUUGCGCCAAGAGCUAGGGCCUGACGUCCCUGAUGUUAUCAUUCAGGAGCUACUGCAAGCACAUUUAGGUCAAGGUGGAGACGAAGAAGACCACGAUGGACAAGUCAUCAUCGAUCCUGAAGGACUUGGGCUGGGUCAGCGUGUGGCGCCCGGCGCGACACCGGGUGGGUGGGACUACUACGCCGAGCGCGCUGAGGAGCCCUCUGACGACUACGAAGAAGACGAGUCUGACUUGCCCGAGCUUGAAGACAUCCCUACGGCAGAGACACGGCCAGGAGCUACUCCUACACCUCCUCCUGAGACUGCGCGGAACCCUCGUGCUGCAAUGGUUGAAGAGAUCCUAGACGAUGACGAUAACGCUGGUCACGACUCUACCCCGAUAGGACGAGGCAUACUCCGCCACAUUGACUCAGAUGAGGAGGAUGACGGAGUUGACAGUGAUGGUAUCCGCCCCCAUCCACGAGCGCCUACGCACACACUGCUCUCUACAAAUGCGCCACCACAACGCGUGGUACCGCCUUCACAGCGUCGCGCCUCUUCGGCCGCAGGCCAGGCUCCUCAAGCCGGACAGCAGCCCACACUAGCUGAACUCGCCGAUAGUGGUUUCUCACCCGCGCCCGUGGACGUUGAGGGCGACCCUCAGCGGCUGCAGCGGUGGCUGCUGACCAGUGGUCUAGAUGGGCUGCAGGAUAAGGAGUCAGGUAGCCCGGAAAUGCAGUUGUACGUGAAGAGCCUGAAGUUGCUGAGGGCCCAGCAGAGGGAUUGGGUGCUUAAUGUGGUGGGCCAGCGGGGUGCGGAGUGGAAGGCGUGCGUGGAGCGCGUGCGGGCUAUGCUGUGA